ACAAUUUGAGGCUUAAAAUUCAAUUUCAAAUAUCAUUAUUCAAAAAGACUUGUUUACAAGCACUUUUAAAUCAUAUUUUUUUUAAUCUACUGCAGGGUUCGGAAAGUCGUUAUCUGUUGUGACGAGCCCGCAAGAAACUCAACAAUUACUGUUUUAAAUCUCUGUUAAGAUUAUGUGUUAUUAUUUAAAUGUAUUAUGUCUAAAAUUACAUGGUUAUUAAAAAGUCCGUGCAUGAUCAACUGACACCAUGCAUGGUUGUCAUUCAAGUUUUAAUAAGUUUUAAAGUUAUUAUGUUCAGUAGAAGACAGUUAAGGGCUAAUAUGACGAUGUGAUGAACAUGGGCCAAAAAAUUUGAGAUCUACCAAUCUAUCUGUGCGAAGCCGGGUCGUGUCGCUAGUACAAUUUAUACCCGAGAGAUGGAGCCGGUAAACGCAUGGUACAUAGCUGUUCGGUCAUUUAGCAGUACCUUGGUACGGGACACUAAGCAAUGGAGAGUAUCUCAGGGGCUCCCGGCAAACCGUAAUGCAGAGGGUAUCCUCACAGAUGGACCAGACUACACAUUCUUGGAUGGGAGACCAACACCGUUACUUCACAAGCAAAAACUCAGAAUGCUGAAACAGAGGGAAUAUGCUGCACAAAUUGUAGAAAUGUGUGCAGAGCUCGACUUUGCUAAGGAGAGGCAUCAGAAUUUGCUGAAAGCCGAAGCGGAAGAGAAACAGAAAUAUAUUGAGAGUAGACUUAAACCUAAGGGAAAUAUGUUAUCUAGAAAUAGUAAGAAAUAGGUUAAUUUAUACUUUGUUGUUAUUGUUUUAGAUAAUAAUAAAUUUUGUUGUAUUAGA